AUGCGUUCCCCAUCAUCAACAUCACCGCAUUUCAAUGUUCCGGAGCAGAAAAUCGUCAAAGUUAUCGUUUACAAUGAUCGUGCUGAAGUGAAUCGAAUCGUCAAAUCCACCUUGAAACCAGGAUUCAAUGAAGUGGUCUUGAAGAAUGUGGCACGAUUAUUAAUUCCUGAUUCAUUGAGAGUUGAAGGAAGGGGAAAUGCGAAAAUGCAUGAUGUGGUUGUUAAACAUGAGCCAGAAGAAAUCGAUUCGGUGAGAAACGCGGAACUCAAAAAUGUUGUGAUGGAAAAGGAAGCGGUUUUGAAGGAACUCAAGGAUCGUAAGAGUAUUUUGGUGAAGCAGCAAGAUGGUUUGAAUUUGAUGGUUUCACAAAUUGGGAAUUCGAAAAAGCCCAAAGGGUUUGAAGACACAAAUUUUUCAAAUAUCGAAAAGUUUUUUGAAUUUUAUGGUCCGAAAGCGGAAGCGCUUGCAACUGAUGUGAGAAAUAUUGAGACUGAAAUCAAAAAAGCUGAAGAAAUCGUGCAAAAAGCGAGAACUGAGUGGAUGAAACAAGAACACGGUGUGUCGAUGCAUAACCGAUAUGUCAACAAUGUUUAUGUGACACUUGAAGCAGAAGAAGAGACAUCGAUCGAACUUGAUGUCAUCUACCAAGUUCGUAAUGCCAGUUGGACUCCAUCAUAUAGUAUUCGAGUGGAUACGGAGAGCUCAAUGAUGAAUGUGAGUUAUUUCGGCAAAAUCACACAAAGCACUGGCGAAGAUUGGCGUGAUGCUCCACUCGUUUUAUCCACCGCGAAACCAUCACUUGGCGGUAGAAUUCCUGAGUUGGGAGCGCUUGAUGUGCAAGUGAAGAGACGUCGGAUGGAUAGGGAGAGACAUAUGCCAGGAGGUUUUGGAGGAGGUUUUGGAGUAAUUCCACAAAACGGAUUUGGAUUCACGGGAGAAAGAAGACAAGUGUCAGGACUUUUUGGAGCAGCUCCAUCAAGUUCCACCGAUUUGACAUACAAUGAAGAUAGAAGAUGUGUAGAUGUUACUACGGAAGUUACUCAAUCUGCUUUGAGCACAGAGUUCAAGAUACAACGAGAAGCAACGAUUCCAAGUUCCACUAAUGAGCAUAAAGUAACGAUUGGAAUUGUGGAUUUGAAUGCGCAAUUUGUUCAUCAAACAGUUCCAUCAAAAAAUGCAGCUGCAUUCCUAACAGCGUCUGCAAUCAACACAUCAGAUCUUGCAUUCCUCGCUGGUCAAACCUCAAUCUUCCGGGAUAAUGCGUUUAUUGCGAACACAUCGCUGAAAGAUGUGUCACCUGGAGAAAAAUUCGAUUGUUCACUUGGUGUUGACACUGGAAUUCGAAUCGAAUAUAAACCGGCGAUGAAAUAUCAACAACACGGUGGAUUUCAUCAACAGGGUGGAUUUUAUAUGAAUCAAUCAACAAGUGUCACCGAGCAAACCAUUGUUAUCAAAAAUACGCGAGUGAAUACACCUAUUUUGAUCAUUGUAAAACAUCCGAUUCCAAGAAGUGCUGACGGAAGAAUCAAAGUCAAUUUGAUUUCACCAACAGCUACACCAUUUCAAGAGACUGGAGAAUCGAGUCAAGUUGCUUUGCCAGCAGAGGGCGCAAAAUUGAAUUCGUUGAACAAUUUGGAAUGGACUGUGAAAGUUGCAGCGAACAGUUCGCAAAAUUUAUUGAUUCAGUAUACAAUUGAUUAUCCGAGGGACGAAAGCAUCGAAUUAAAUGAGAAGUUUUAG